CUAGCAGCGGUAAAAAACUCGAAGCUCUGAACGCGGUCCUCUGUCACUAAAUCUGUGCGUGGUCUCUGCGUGGGCUGAGCGGCUUUUCCCGGUGAGUGAGAGAUUGAGCGUGAGGUCCUGAGCGCGCAUGAAUAAAACGGGCUCUGAGAAAAAGCGCCAUGUGGUGCCCUGGCUCGACAAAGCGGAGUGGGAGCAGGUUCGAGACAACCUUUUUUCCAUGGACUCCACCCAGCAGAGGUUUGCGUUAGAGAGGAUAUCGGCGUGGAGGGCCAGGUGCACUGAUAGUUUCCCCCUGACCGUGGAAUCCACAGCGUACCUCGUGCGCUGCCAGAUGCGGGACCGCUCCGGACAGCUUACCGGAGAGGACUUGAUCAUGAUGUACGCGAUGGCCCUGGUAAAAUUUGUUCAUCUUACCUUGGAGUCCCGGCAGAGGAGAAGGGGCAAGCCGCUGAGGCAACUGGCUAGAAAGUUGAACAUCCCCGAGUGGGUGGUGGAUCUAAGGCACGCAAUAGUGCAUCACAAGUUUCCUUCUUUGAAAUUGUGCCGAAAGGGAUGUAAGGUGGUCCUGGAGUGGCUCCAGCAGGAGUUUUGGUCCAGACAGCCAGGAGGAGCCCCCGAUGAACGCUGGGACCUGCAGCCGGAUGGCGAGGAUGAGGAAGCUGAUGUUAAGCUCAUCCAGGAGGAUGAGCUCGUUGCCAGGCAGAAAGAAGUGGACGCCUACAGAAAAGCUCGGGAGCUGCUGAUCUCUUAUGAGAAGGACCAGUACCAAGCUUCUGAUGAUGGGUCUUUUGAAGACAAGGAGAAGAGCUUGUGGCAGGCCCCCUUAGCUGACAAGAGUCGGUUGCUGGGUAAGAUCAAGCAGUUUGCACUGGAGUCCAGUGAGCUUUUGAUUGAUGUGCUGCUGGAGGACGGAUUUCUUGUUCCCACCAUGGAGCAGCUGGAAACAUUAGGCUGUGCAACCUCUGACAGUGCCAGUCCCACUGAGCCCAGAGUCCCACAAACCUUCCUGCGUUUUUGGCUGCUCCUGCUGAAGAUGCUGAACUCUCCAUCUUUCAUUCACCUGUUCCUGGAGAAGCUCUUUGUGGAACUGAAGCUGCUCAGUAAAAAAGAGCCCAACGGUCACAGGAGUUUCUAUAUUUCUGCAUGGAUUUCAGAAGUGCUCCUCUGCAACAACAAAUCUAAAUAUCAUUUUGAGACAAAGUUGCAGAAGAAAGCCAGAAUGAAGGACAGGAUUUUUAUCAACCGCAUCCAGCUGAGGUGGCAGCAGCUUCUCUCUGCAUGUCUGGAUGCCCCCUGCAUCAGCACGCCUCACCUGAUCCAGCUCAUCCUGGAUGACAUGGAGCAUCCCCCCCCUCAGGAAACCAGAGAGAAGCUGUUCCAGCUCUGCUGCAUCUACACACAGACAGAGCGCUCCGAGGACAGCACACCUCUGCAGCAGCAGCCAUAUAUACUGUGGAGAUGCUGCUGGACAAGAUGCAACACUCCCGGCAGGACGCCCGUCCCUUGCAUUCCUCACCGAUGGACACGGAGAGAAGUGAGGAGUGGAAAUGGGCAGAGGCUGCAUCCCCGGGGGCCUCGGCUCCAGCCCGGCCAGCUGAGGGCCUCCGCUGGAGCAACAGAGACCUCAACAGACUGAAAUGUGGACUGAAGCUGUUUUAAGUCUCAUUCCAGCCUCCGCUCACUCUUGUUGUGCUAGAAGCAGUUUUGAACAAAGACAAAAUGUUGUGGGAGCUUUAACCAUGAGCAUUA